AUGAAAUAGAGUUGUACUGCUAUUUAGAAAAUGAAUGAUACAUAGCAGAGUAUUUUAGUUUCAACAAAUAUUGGAAUAGCCCGAAUGAAAUACUGCCUAACUUGCGAGAUUAUAAGGCCACUUAGAGCAUCACACUGCCACAUUUGUGAUAGAUGUAUAUAGAAAUUUGACCAUCAUUGCAUUUGGCUGGGUAAAUGCAUUGGUGUGAAAAAUUAUAAAUACUUCAUUAAUCUCAUCACUAUGACGACUAUUUAUGCUGCUUUAAUUCUUAGCUACACCCUAACUUAGAUUGCAUUCUAGAAGUCAUUACUUUUUAUGAUUGUCUCUAUUGUCCUAAUAGUAGCUUCUUUAAUUGUGAAAAAUAUGUUCAGCGAAUCAUGCCAUCCAUUCUAAAAAAGUAACAGCUUUCUAAGAAACUUCAAAAAUAUGUUACAAAAGAACUAAGCUAAAAAAUCGAGAAAUGAUGAAUUCUUGAACAAUCAAAUUAAAAAGAAGAAUAAGACAAUUAGUAUAUCUAAUAAGCUAACAGAUGAAAAUAACAUGCACUUGAAUAACAUUUAAAAUUCAUCAUAGGCCUAAUUUAACUCAAAUAAUUCAAAUUACAAACCCCGAUUAGAUUUGAUAUUAAAGUAAAGUAAGUUGGAAUUGAAUGAAAAACAUGAAAAAUCAAUAGUCAAUAGAGUAGAAAAAGAUCUAACAGAUAAUAAUUUUCUUGAUAAAAGUGAUACGAAAGGUGAUCUAUUAGGGCAUUUCGUUAAUAACGGAUUCUCGUCUGAUCAAAGAGAAAUAGUUUUAAAUCAUUAAUCACUCAUUAGUCUUAGAAAUAAUCAAAAUCAGGAAUAAUAAUUCAUAAGAAUUAAUGAUAACUCCUCUGUUUCACCAAACGUUAGUGUUUCUUAAAUGGAAAAAGCUUUCAACUAAGGCAGGGUAUUGUAUCAAUGCAACUCAAUACUAAUCGAUGAAAAAGGUGAUCUUGAUAGCAACAUGUUUGGAUUAGUGGAACCUUCAGUUUCAGCAUUAUAGUUUAACCAUUACAGAGAUCAGAUUGACCUUAAAGAGAAAAGAAAGGCAAAUAAAAUCGACAAACUUAAGAUAAAGAAUUAAUUAGUUUUAAAUUAAAGUGGAAGAUUGAGAAAAAUAGGUGAAUCCACAAACAUCACAUCUCAUGAGAUCAACAUUUCUACCCCUUUGCAUUAUUUCGGAUUAAACACCAGCAGUAAGGAGCCAUUAGAUAGGCAAAAUCUUAUUAUUAAAAACCUGAAGGAGCGUUACUACCAUAAUAAAUCAUAAGGAAUUAAAAGAGGGCUAAAGUCAUCUCAAUUUAAUGAGACAUCUUAAAUAAGACAUACUCUUAAAUCGAUUGGUGAAGGCAGUCAGAACUCAUCCCUACACUAAGGAAUGUUCCCAGCUCUAAGAAAUAAAACAGAAGAAAAUAAUUACGAUCUCAUUGAAACACAACUACGCAACAAUUAGGAAACUUCCUUACUUAAGAGAACCAAGACUCUAAAGUACAUAGAAAACUCUAUUCAAGAAGAUCGAAUUUAAUUCAAAAAUAUCGAUCCUAGAAUUAUUGAAAGGAGUUUAGAGGAUAUUAGAAAUGUUAAAAACCAGGCCUAUGACUCCUACAUGCAAUUUAUAUAAAAUACUGUAAAUAGACCUAUUUAGAUGGAUGAAUUCUCUAGAAAUUCCACAAAUAAUGCUAAAGUUUAUAGCAUUGAGGCUGUAAGUAAUUAUAACAAUUAUCACCUGAUACAAACGCCUAAUCAGUUUGAGCAGAGUACUGAUAAUAUACUGAAAAAAGAUUUAGAUAGGGAUGGAGAAGCUAGAGACUUUGAUUCAGUAAUGGGAUUUCAUUAGCCUCAAUGA